AUGGAUUUGGGAUUGAAACGGAAAAUGUUGAAAUUUGGGGAUAAAUGCAAUACCAGGUCGAUGGGUUACCCAGAAUUUGUAAUUGUUGAUUUAUGGAAGAGGAUUGGUACUCUGGAGUUGAGCAUUAUGAAGGAUGUUGGUACUUCUUCUCCUCCAAAGAGCUCAAAGAGAUGGAUUACAAGGAAGAAAACCAGAGGUGAAAAGGUGGGUGAUAGAGGAGAUGUAGGUCAUCAGUUGAGAUUCCUGGGAGCAUCCAGCUCAGGAGCUCCUCAUCAGAGCUUCAAGAGGGAAACUUAUCAACUAGAUCAAGGAAAACUAAGAAAAUGCUACCAAAGGGAUUCAGCAGCUAAAGCUAAAAGAAAUGUCAUUCCCUCUCGAUCGAGUCCUGAGGAUGCUCAGCUUGCUACUGUUUUCACUCACCCGCAUCAUAAGUUCAAUACGACCUUGAAGUCAUUGGAAUCGUUUCAAGCUAAGAACUCUGAGCGUGUGUUCAAUACAGUUAUGACUUACAUUCCUCAAGAUUUUCGGGGGAGGCUUAUUAGACUGCAGAGGGAGCGAUCCAAGAGGAAUGGGAGUAAUUUGAGAGGAAUAAGCAAGCUAGCGGAGAUUGAUUCUAUGAUUAGUUAUGGGGCAAGUAUACGUGAUCGUUAUGCUCUCCUGUGGAAACAACAAAUGGAGAGGAGGAGACUGUUGGCACAGCUUGUUUCUGCUACUAGUGUCUACAAAACCCUUGUCAAGUACUUGGUUGGGGUUCCGCAGGUUUUACUAGAUUUUGUUCGCCAAAUAAAUGAUGAUGAUGGGCCCAUGGAAAAGCAACGACAGCGUUAUGGACCACCUUUGUACAGCCUUACAACUUUGGUGCUUCUUAUACGUCUGGCUAUUUUGCUAUCUCAGGGGCGGUUUGAAACUAGAAAAUUAAACAAGCAAGAGGUAGCUGUCUUGGAACAAUCUGUUGACGUCUACACCACUGAGUUUGAAAGAAUAUGCAUUUUUUUCAGUGAGGUUUUUGCGAAUUCACCCUUCUUUAUUUCAGCAGAGGUUGCUGGCCUCAUUGUCAAUUUCUCCAGGAAUAAUGAUGAUUACAAAGAGACAAAUGUUCCUGCCGGUAAAACACAUGGGGUUUCUCUGUUUGUGGACUCGAUAAAUUUGUAUAUUGCUUGGGAUUUUUCGCUUGUGCAAGGGAAGAUAAACUUGGUAUCGUUCCUAAAUUUCAUUUAAUUACUCGGUGAAUGUGUCUUCUUCUUUCAUAGCCUGUUGAAGUAUUCUUUCA